UUGGUCACGUGACGAGCGCCAUAGUUGCAGUUCCUUGUUUGGUCGUGUGAAUAUGAUGGUGUCAAAGUUUGUCGAACCGUCUAUAUGAUGUAAAAUGGCUAAUUUUAGCAUAAAAUCCUAACCGUUAGACGCCUGACCAAGAAGAUACUGAGUCCGUGGUGACUCCUGCCACUGCCAGCAUUUCAGUAGCCGAAAUAGGAGUGGAGCAGAAUAUGGGCUUGUGAAGGGGCCUGGAUGAAAAACGGCAUCAGGACAUUUUUACUCCUACCAAAGGAUCAUACCACACUUUGGAUGGAGUUGAUAUCCCGUUUUUCUUUUUGUGUAGUCACAAGUGACUGCACAUUGAUGCGUCAAUCGGCCCAUCAACAGAAAAACAAUGGUCAAGUACUUUACUAGCAAAAUUGACAUUAACAGCGUCUGGGACCAUGUCGUGUCGGCGUUUUGGCAGCGCUAUCCUAAUCCCUUCAGCACUCACGUUCUCACGGAGGAUGUCGUGUACCGCGAGGUGACCACAGACCACAGGCUUCUUUCGAGACGCUUGCUCACAAAGACAAACAGGCUUCCACGCUGGGCAGAGCGCUUCUUCCCUGCCGGAAUGUCACGCUCCGUGUACAUCAUCGAGGACUCCGUCGUGGACCCGGUCAGCCGGAGCCUCACAACCUAUACCUGGAACCUCAACCACACCACUCUCAUGUCAGUGGAGGAGCGAUGCGUUUUCCAAGAUGCAGCAGAACAACCGGGUGUCACCCAGCUGAAACGAGAGGCAUGGAUAUCCUCCAGCAUUUACGGAUUUUCCAGACCUAUCCAGGAGUUUGGAUUGGCCCGCUUUAAAAGCAACCAAGUGAAAGCCAUGAAAGGGCUGGAAUACGCAUUGUCCAACUUACAAGGAGAGACGCCCCAGCGGCUGCUCCGGGGUUCGGUGAUGGAGUGCCCCGACAAGACGAAAGGAGCCCACAAGAGUCUGGCCUCGAGCACUGCUUCUACCACGCAGAACCCUCCACAAUACGUCUGACGGAGAACACAUUGAAGGACCAAUGGCGCUGCAACCAUCAUUUGGACACACUGUAUUAUUAUAAACUUGCAUUUUUAUUAAGGAUUAUCACUUUUUGUCUCGAUCUCACUUAAACAUGAUAUUUUGGUUUGACAAAACAAUGAAAGCUUGUAACAUCACCCUGCAGGUGAUGCUGUUUACUAAUCGUUUAUGCUUGAUUAGUAAGGUAUUCUAAGUCACACCUUUGUGUUUCAUGUCAACUGGAAUCAACCCAGAAUUUGACGUGUGCGCGUAAAGGCAAACACGCUUUUUUUAAGAGUGGGAGUGCACUGAUUGAAUUCUAUUUAUAGACUGAAAAGUCAUGUACAUAUGCAAUUUUGUCACACUGCCUGCCAAUGUGAAACUAAGAAACAUCAAUGAUCAGCUUCAAGAUGAACCAUUGUGCGAGAAUUUGUGUAGAUUAUAACUGUGUGCGGUAUGAUUAUAACAAUGUUUUUCAUAUUAGGCUUUAAAUGUUUUUCUCUUUGGAGCUGAGAUUGUUUAACUUGCUUGAAUUUAAACUUCUAAACAUUUCAGAUGUCUUUUUUAAAUAAAGAGCUACUGUCAUUUUUCGUGUAAUUACGCUUCAAAAACAGGUUUUCUUUGUAAUCUAUAAAUUUAAAAAAUGCUCCCGAGAUCUGCUGGUAUGCAUUAUACUUACUAGGAAACUUCAUGAUGUACAAACCUGCCUUGUGUGACCAUAUGAAGCAAAAUUUAAAAUAUAUAUAUAUAUAUAU